AUGAGUGACGAUAAGCUUACAGGCGCGAAGGUCGCCGAGCACAAUUCCAAAGACUCAUGCUGGGUCAUUGUGCACGGCAAGGCCUAUGAUGUAACUGAGUUCCUCCCAGGUAGGUGGGUUCAUUCUCCGCAAGCAAAAGCAAUUCGUCUGACCAUCACAGAACACCCUGGCGGUCAGAAGAUUAUUCUCAAGUACGCUGGCAAAGAUGCGACCGAAGAAUUCGAGCCUAUCCACCCACCUGAUACCCUGGACAAGUUCCUCGACCCGUCAAAGCAUCUCGGUGCGGUCGACAUGAGCACUGUCGAGCAAGAAGAAAAGGCCUUCGACCCGGAGGAGGCCGACCGGUUAGAGCGUGUCUCCCGCAUGCCCUCCCUCGCAGCUUGUUACAAUUUAUUGGACUUCGAAGCGGUGGCUCGUCAAGUGAUGAAAAAGACCGCCUGGGCAUACUACUCAAGUGGAGCAGAUGAUGAGAUCACUUUGCGUGAGAACCACGCAGCUUUCCACAAGAUCUGGUUCCGGCCUCGAAUUCUCGUCGACGUGGAAAACAUCGAUAUGAGCACAACGAUGCUAGGCACAAAGUGCUCAAUCCCCUUCUACGUGACAGCUACUGCGCUCGGCAAGCUCGGCCACCCCGAAGGUGAAGUAGUUCUCACAAAAGCCGCGCAUCAGCACGACGUCGUGCAGAUGAUUCCUACUCUAGCAUCGUGCUCAUUUGAUGAGAUCGUCGACGCUAAACAAGGCGAUCAAGUCCAAUGGCUCCAACUUUACGUCAACAAAGACCGUGAUAUUACACGCAAAAUUGUAGAGCACGCUGAAAAGCGUGGCUGCAAGGGUCUAUUCAUUACCGUCGAUGCGCCUCAACUUGGUCGUCGCGAGAAGGAUAUGCGCUCGAAGUUCUCCGACCCCGGAUCAAAUGUGCAAUCAGGUGGCAGCGACAUCGAUCGUUCCCAGGGUGCUGCUCGGGCUAUUUCUUCCUUCAUUGAUCCCGCUCUUUCCUGGAAAGACAUCCCAUGGUUCAAGUCAAUCACCAAGAUGCCCAUCGUCCUCAAGGGUGUUCAGUGCGUCGAGGACGUGCUACGCGCCGUCGAAGCAGGCUGCGAUGGAGUCGUCCUCUCCAAUCACGGAGGUCGACAGCUUGAGACCGCUCGGUCGGGUAUCGAGGUCCUCGCUGAGGUGAUGCCGGCGCUCCGCGAGCGUGGUUGGGAAAAGCGCAUUGAAGUCUACGUUGAUGGUGGAGUCCGCCGCGCAACCGAUAUCAUCAAGGCGCUUUGCCUGGGCGCAACCGGUAUUGGUAUUGGACGUCCAUUCCUCUAUGCCAUGUCUGCGUACGGCCUCGAUGGCGUUGAUCGCGCGAUGCAGCUUCUCAAGGAUGAGAUGGAAAUGAACAUGCGGUUGAUUGGUGCCGCUCGCGUCGAGGAUCUCAACCCUAGUCUCAUUGACACGCGUGGUUUGCUAGGCGGGCACAACGGCAUUGUGCCCUCCGAUACACUUGGUGUUGCAGCGUACGAUCCCUUGGAGGCUCCCAGAUUCACAGAGAAGCCCAAGUUAUAA